AUGGCAAUGAUGGCCCAAGCCAGAAAACAGCGGGUAGAGAGCUAUGACAUUCGUGUCUUCGAUGACGUGCCAUUCGCUGUCCUGCUUGAGAGAAGGAGCUUCAAGCCGGUCACCAGGCAACUGAGAGAACUUAACAUACAUUACCGGUGGGGUGCCUCGGGAACCCUCGUGGUACCAUAUGGAGAAGAGGUACUUACACCAUCGGUGGGAGAAGAUCCGGUGGCAUUCCUGGUGGCUUUACUGCUACCGCAGUGCUGUCACGGGGCCCCAGGCGAAGAUAGGACACCGAUAGCUACCGGCUACUCAGUGACAUGGGAGGACAGCAGUGGAAAGAAGGGAGGGGGGCAGAAGCCCCAACAGCAGAGACCCCCUUAG